AUGGCGUACGUGGAGCUAAAGCAGGGGGACACAGCGCUCCACACCCCGCAGAAUGCUCAGGCAAAAUUCCUGACAGCAGAUUGGGCAUCGGCCUUCACCUCCCAGCGUGACGAGUUUGACUACUGGGUCGACACUGUGGAGGGGACCAUCCCGGAUUAUCUUAAUGGUACCCUUUUCCGCAACGGGCCGGGGAACUUUGAGCGUGGAGGACAGCAGUACCACCACAUGCUGGAUGGUGAUGGUUACAUCAGCGCCUUUUCCUUUGCUGGCGACAACCAAGUGCAUUUCAGAUCGCGCUACGUGCGCACCAGGGAGUUUGUGAAGGAGCAGAAGGCGGACAGGGUCCUGUUCCGCAACACCUUUGGCACGCAGCCGCUGGGGGGCGCAGCCACGAACGCAUUCAAUCUGCGCCUCAAGAACCCCGCCAACACCAAUGUGGUCGAGUGGGGCAACCGCCUGCUCGCCCUCUGGGAGGCUGGGCCGCCAUAUGCACUGGACCCAUGGAGUCUGGACACUCUGCGAGGCAGCCCUGACCUGCUGGACGGGUUGCUCAUCGAUGGCAUCGCCCCUUCCACCACUGGCAGCGACUUCCUGGAUCAGGCCAUCAAUCUAGGCUCUGCCAUGACAGCGCAUCCCCACAUCGUCACAGGGUCUGACCCCAAAGACAAGCGCAUGAUCACCUGGUGCUGGAGGAGCCUGCUCAAGCCGUUUGGGGAUGCAGACAUGUCCAUUGGCAUCACAGAGUUUGGGCCCGACUGGCAGAAAUUGGGAGGCAACAGCUUUGUCAUCAAGCAUUGCUUCUUCAACCCCCAUGACUUUGCUGUCACCAGUGGACACCAUGUCUUCUUCCAGAAUGAGCUGGACUUUGACAUGCUGCCAUACUUGGGCGGUGUGAAGGGCCCUGCGCAGUGCAUCAAGUUUGCAUCCAAGCCUAUGAAGGUCCAUGUACUGCCGCGCUCCGGCCGCGACCACAAGGUGUUCGAGACGGAGUCGACAUUCCUGAUCCACCACGCAAACGCAUUCGAGGAUGGCGAUGAGAUCGAGGUGUGGUCGAGCGGUUGGGGCCCUGAGGCGCUGGCCAAGCUGGACCAUGCGAGCGGCAUGCUUGGCAGCUGGAAGGUUGUCCUGGCAGGAGACUUCACCGGCAUCCCCUUCACCACCCUCUGGCGCCACAGGAUCAAUAUGGUGACAGGGGAGGUGAAGCGAACAGCAAUGGUUGAGAGCCAGAAUAUGGAUCACCCGCGCGUCAACCCCCUGUUCUAUUCGCGCUCGACCCGCUACGUCUACUUCAACGCGUCACAGGUCGCCGACAUCCCCGGCGAGGCCGGGCCCCCGCAGGUGUUUGUGCGCUUUGACACGCAGACGGGCAAGUCUCAGAGCUGGAGCCCUGGGCCGCGGUGCUUCUGCGAGGAGCUCAUCUUUGUACCCGGCCCGGCCGGCGCUGCCAAGGAGGAUGAUGGCGUGCUGCUGGGCAUGGUGUUCGACGGGGAGACCCAGCGAUCCUCCCUUGUGGUGAUGGAUGCGUCUGAUUUCACCAAGGGGCCUCUGGCGCGCAUCCACCUUAGUCAUCACCUGCCACAUGGGCUGCACGGCGCCUACUCUGACAACUACUACGGUCCCCCCACGGACCCCUACCUGCCAUGA